AUGACUUCUGCCAUAAUUUUGUUUGCUGCCUUGUCGACCGCAGUCGCUGCUCAGGUCGGUAGCCGCCACCCAUACGGCAUCUAUCCUAGCCCCAGCGUCACAUCUUCGAGCUCGAGCACUGUCGUAACAUCUUAUGGCGGGUACCCAACCUCUGUGAUACCCGUCAACACUACCUUGUCUAGCACGUCGUCGCUGCCGUCGUCGUCGUCUUCGUCUGCGUCGUCUAUCGAUACCACAUCAUUGAGCAUGUCGUCCAUCAACGCUACCUCGUCUAGCAUGUCGUCUACCGAUACCUCGACCAUUAUUCCCAGCACGACCACUUCAGCAGUCUCCUUGACGUCUGUCACAUCCGACCGUCCACUCAGCUGGACCACCAACAGCAACGGAACUGUCGUUUUGGGUACGUCGACUACUUCGACUGCGGAAACCACAUCUGAUGCGGCUGCAACAACUACGACAGGCGCAACCUCUUCUAGAGCAACCUGCGUUUCGGUCACGAUUGGAGAUGUCUCAGCUCGAGGUAUAUGUGGCUGCGACUACAACAUCCACACCUGUCUGGAACGUCUUUCCAAUCUGAGCGAAUGGUCUAACUCGCAAACAACCGAAUCGUUCAAUGGCUGCAUGAAAGCGUGCGAUUCCGAGCCAAACUGUUUUAGCUUCUCGUGGCAGAUAAGCAAUGGGGUGUGCAAAAUGUUUGGCGGCAUGCUGAAUGGAGGGGCUGGAGUUGUGUCUGACGCGGAUUUCAUCUCGGGAGAGGUUGUCAAGGGAUCAUGCACUGGAAACUGCAGCGGACAGUGA